AUGACUCUGUGCCUGGCUCAAGGACUCAUUGAUUCCAAAGGCAUUUUCGUCCCCCAGGCGGCUAUCCGCAAUUAUAUAAAAUGGUGGGAAAACGGCUACUUAUCGGCAACGGGGUACUGCUUUGAUAUUGGAAACGCAACAGCCACCGCUCUGAAAAUAUGGAAACGGUACUUCGAACAGCAACGCAGCAUACGUAAGGACGACCCCCGAGGACACGAGGGCGCGUUAUCGGAAAUUAACAAAGCCUUGAACCACGAAAAGUGCUGCGGUAACGGCUCGUUGAUGCGAGUCUCCCCGGUGGGCCUCGUAUAUUCUCACGAUAUUCCGCUGGCCAUAUCAAUUGCUGCACAGUCAUCUGCUGUGACCCACCCUUAUCCCGCUUGUACGGAGUGCUGCAUGCUGUACACGAAGCUUAUCGCAUGCGCUAUGAAUGGUGGAACAAAAAGCGACAUUGCUAAUGUGGUGUCUCGCACCACUUAUGUAGAUGAGAAGGUGAAGGGUAUUUUUGAUAAAUACGCUGGCGUUGAUGACUGGGUGACUACUGAGGAAAACAGCAUCAACUCCUCUGGGUAUGUCAUAACAACCCUUGAAGCUGCAUUGUGGAGUUUCUUUUCUACGAAUUCAUUCCAAGAUGGAGCAUUCAAGGUAGUCAAUUUGGGUGACGAUGCAGAUACGGUUGGCGCUGUCUAUGGCGGGCUAGCCGGAGCAUUCUACGGGUUCGACAGCAUUCCUGUAGAAUGGAUUGACGGAUUACAGAGAAAGGAUAUUGUGGCGGAAAUUGCUAUGGGUCUUAUUUCACUCUCAUAA